AUGAACUCGCCCUCCGGAUUUCGACCCCUCGUACCCCAGGACAUCAACGGCCCACCCCUAGCAAGGACACAACACUACCCGGAUACUAACCCAGCAUUCCCACCGGAUCAGCAGCAUCUUAUCAAGCAAGAAACGCAGGAGCACAGCCUAGCUCAGCCGGGCUAUUCGCAGCCGCCGCCGCCGUCUCAGGCAGGCCCACCAGACUUCCAAUCCCACCUUCAUCAACACCUGAACGGCAUCUUCAAUCCCUCCGUCAGCGGACCCAACCCAGAGCAAGCCGCCGCUGCCAUGCAACAUCUGCAGCACCAUAUGAUGUGGUACGAGCAGAACUUUGGCAACAGCAACGGCGCUCCACCACCACCCAAUCCCAACAUGCAAAGUACGCCAUUCGUCCAGGUCAGCCAUCCUGUCGCCGGCGACAUGGCUGCACCUCUCUUCCUCUCGCAACCUCAAAUGCCAGUCAUGCCGGCUACGCCAAUCUCGCAUGGCCACGCGCAGACAGUCCCCAACACGCCACAGAACCAUGCGCAAAACUGGCCAAGCCCACCUCCGUCACGAGUCAAGCAUCAACGAAGUCAGAGCUAUCAGCUUGAUGUCGCGCCGAUGCCUCCCAACCAUGACCCAAAUCAGUUUGCAACUCAAGGAGGAGCCUUCAGCAAUGGGUCAUUCAGCUUCUCAGGUGAGCAAGACUACGCUGCCUCCGCUUACUCCUCAUCAAUAGCAGACGCAUCCUCGCCGCCUCACCAGCACAGCACUCCGAUGCCAACACUCUUCGAGGAGACUACUCCCGAAUAUGCCACGCACGGAGGGUUGAUGUAUCAAGCAGCUGGCGGUGCUGAGCAAGAUUUCAACAGCCCACAUUUCAUGAUGGGUGGAGGGCCGAUGUGUCCAGAGCAGGCAGCGUUGGAUGCGGCCGGUAUCGACGCAACCUAUAUCGACACUGGAAUCAGCGAGGAGCAGAUCAACUCAUGGCUGGUACAUCCCACCGGCAAGGGCGACGCUUAUCGCUGCAAGUGGGAGGGUUGCAACACGAAAAUCAACCGCAAGGAGAAUGCACGAUCGCACGUUCAGAACCACCUGGACGAUCGACGGUUCCGAUGCAAUCCAUGCGGGAAGAGGUUCAACCGUCUACACGACACCAAGCGCCACCACCUUACCCACACCAACGAGAGACCAGCAAUCUGCCCGUGUGGCAAGACCUUCGCACGCGCUGAUGCUUUGACUAGACAUCGGCAGCGUGACAUGUGCGAAGGUGUGCUGCCGGGAUUUGAGAAGCUCGAAGAAGACAAGCCAAAGCGUGGCCGACCGAAGAAGGACAGAUCGGGCGGCAACGACAAGUCGAAGAAAUUAAACCGUCCUGACUUCGAGACCAGAAUGAAGAAGGCAGCUUUGGCACGAUCAAUGGAUGCUGGCAACGGCGACCACAGCUUUGCGGGUAGCACGAGCUCUGCAGCCAGCGAGUGCAGUAUGCCCCAUACGCCACCGCAAGAUCACGACGCAAUGGACGCCAACGACUUCCUCAACAUGGACGCCAGUAGUACACAGUUCAACACGGCCUCGAACACUUGGCUCGACACUCCACCGACUUCGCCGCCUUCAGCCACCCAACUCCAGAGUACUGAUUCCAAGAUCUUCAUCGAUCUCAGUAUUCCCGAAGAGCAGCCAGAGAGCGUAUCGCCAUCGAAGCUUUCGACACGAUCGUCGCCAGUGCCAACAGCAGGAGUAGCAGCGUCGGUACACAGCCACUCAAGCCCUGCCGAUAACGCCAAGAACCUCUUUGCCGACCAUUCUUCACCACCGGGUUUCACAAAUGGCAGCUUCCACGGCGACUCGAGUCCAAUUGACGGUGGAGUCGACAUUUUCAACGACGCAGUGGACUUUGAUGUGCUGAACUCGCACCCAGAUGUCGGACGAGAUCUCUUUUCACCGCCAGGAGAGUCAUGCAGUGGGUCGAGUGUCUACAACUCUGAUUGGGACACCGUGCACAUUGGCAAAGUGAAGGGCGGUGUCUCGAACGCCAUGCCAAGCACCAUCUACAGCGAUAGCUUCGACACUGUCCAGCGCAACGCGUUCUCGAUUGACGACUUCAUGGGCAAUGCCGAAGAAGACCAAUACAACGACGUCCGCGACAUCCUGGACUCAUGGGUUGCCUCGCACUAA